AUGUCCGACAAAAGUAUUACAGUGAAAGUGCCCCAAAUUAUACUUGAUAGUAAUUUAGAAUUUGGUGACAAUGAUAUAGAAAUCAAAGAGUUAACUGUUACUCGUACUAAAUGCAUUAACCCAACCUUGGUGGAUUCAUUUUUAAGGUUACUAAGACAUUCUAGCGAUGAUAUUAUAAGGCAAAGAAUCAAUGAUUAUUCUAAAAGAUCAAAACUGAAUAUAUCUAAACAAGAUAAAUGUAAUAAAUUUGUACAAGAAGAGUUAUACCCUAAUUGGAAAGCUAGAACAGAUAUUAUUAAUUAUUGCCAUCAACAAAGUAUUCAAAUUAAAAAUGAAUUGGAUUCAUUAUCUUCGACUAAAGACGAUAAUUCUGUGGAGGAAGUAAACUUAAGAAUAGAUCCCUAUGGUGAGAGAGAUUGUUUGGAAGAGAAGAGAUCGUUAUAUAAUGAUUGGGAUAAACUUCAGUUCUGGGUGAAGAAUAAUCAGGAAAUCGAAACGAUCUUACAAAGAACAAGCUCUCGUAUACUCCAACAGACAUGUGAUGAAAAUAAAGAAUAUGUUAAGAAUUUUUUAGAAUAUUGUCGAAA